AUAGGAAUCAUGUUCCAACUUUUACUUUCGGCAAAGGGAUCCAGGAUGCCCCGCGUGAAGCCCACCAAGAAGCUCGAUGUCCUGGGCAAUCUGGACCUGCGGCCCGAGGAUGCCGUGGGUGACUAUAUCAGCUCCAAGCAGCAGAACAAAUUCUUCGUAAUCCCUCCCAACUCGGACUCCGCCGGCGACUCCAUCGAGCUGAUAUUCGUGAACAAUCUUCGCGAGCACGAGGCCAUGCUCAAGCUGCAGGAGGAGAUGCUGACCAGCGCCAAGCGGCAGACCAAGCUGAACUCCGCCAGGGUCAGGAACAUGUACAAGAUCCAGGAGCGCCUGAGGAGGCGCUUCAUCGAGGUGAACAGCUUCAUCAAGGACUGCGCGGACAAGAAGAGAGUGGCCGAGAAGACCGCCCAGGCGGAGACGCUCUACCACAAGGAGCUCGGCGAGGGCAUUGAGAGCUUCAAGGACUCGAUCGGCGAACUCAAGGCCUUUCGGGCGGCUCUCAAGGCCACCGUGCAGGAGUUCCAGCCCUACGAGAAGGUGCUCAACGAGGUGGUCAAGGUGUCCGACAUAUUCGUGUCGCCCAAGGACUGCACUGAUCGCUGUGAUGCGCUGAUGCUGGCUCAGGUGGAGAUCAACAAGCUGGAGCACCAGAAGCUGCAGGACAUCGAGGGCAUGCGGCAGCGCAUGGUGCAGAUCACCAAUGAAGCGGCUCUAACGGUGCUGGGUCUGAAGAACGACCUGGCCAAGCUGGAACGGUCCUACAACGAGUCCAGGGUGCAGUGCCUCAGGUGGGAAAAGAUCCUGGCCAAAACCAAGGACGCCAUCAACAAUUGCUACAUGGACAAGGAGCGCACAAUAGAUGCGAUUACCAACCUGCACAGAAUCCUCCUACGGCGAAGAGAUAUACAUUCCUUCCCUGCUCGCGGCGACUUGGACAAGGUGUUGGACUCCAUCAAGAGCGAGGUAGAAAUAUUGACCGGCGUUAUAAAGGAAAUCGAAUCGUCUGACUCCGCGGUGAAGCAAGAGGAAGCCAGAGAUAAAACUCUGUGCUAAUUGGAUGCGAAAAUUGCGAGUAGUUUAGGCACACCUUAAACUAUUAAACUACGAAAGCUA